AUGACUUCCUUUCCAAAGCUUCCGAGACUCAAAGUAGACGAUGAGAACAUGGAGAAGAUCCACUGUGGGGCGCGGAAGGGGCAGACCGAGGAGGUGAAGCGGCUGGUGGAGCUGGGCAUUGAUCCGGCGAUCCCCAACAGGUUUGGCUGCACCGCGCUGCACUUGGCCUGCAAGUUCGGCCAGGUGGAGACCGCAACCUACCUCGCCUCAAUCUGUGAUGUGCAUGGCGCGUGGCAUGGGCAGAGGCCGCUGCACCUCGCCGUCCUUGCGAAUAAGGAGGAGCUUGUGGAGGCGCUCGUUGCAGGGGCGAAGGAGCGCGGCCGGAAUGCGGAGAUGAUGUUAAACGAAUGCGACGAUUUCGCGGUGGAGGACAUUGGGGAGCACCAUAAGCCAACAGAGGGCCAGACCGCGCUGCACUGGUGCGUGGCGUUGGGCGAGGAAUACUUGCCAAUGCUGAAGCUGCUUAUUAAACUGGGCGCGUCGCCUACAGCAAAGAAUAAGGAAAGCGUGACGAGUGUGAUGUAUGCGAUAGAGUUUGGAAACGAUGCCGCCAUGGAGGCCAUGCUGUCAGGCGUGAAACCGCAACAACUUCGGCUCGACUACCAGGACAAAGAGGGCAGGACGCACCUGCAUUACGCCAUACUGUACAACCGUCAGGAUUACGCCAUGCGGUUCAUUGAGAUGGGCCAUGAUCCGCAAAUUGAGGACGACAAUCAUGUCACACCGCUCUUCCUGGCGCUUCGCGCCACCAUGCCGGAGCUUUUGACGUACCUUCUGCAGAACGUGGAUCCCUUUUCGGUACAGCAGGCCCCCUUCCACAAUGGCUCCGUGAUGCUGCCGGAACGCAUUGAGUGGUUGAGUUUUGCGACUGACGAGCAGGCCCGGGCGGAGUGCGUCCGGUUGUUCCAGAAGCGCCUGGAUGAGGUAAGCUUCCGCCCAGAGGAGAUUGAAAAGAAGAGGUCGAAACCGAACGUGAAGAAGAUGAAGCUGGCGCCCUCCGCUCCCAUUCGUAGUCGCAGCAUUGGAAAUGCCACAGCGGUGCGCAGUAGAAGCAUUGGCGGCCGUAGCAAUGGCAAGUGA